CAAUCUGAUAAUUUUUUUGAAAAUUUAUCAUAAAACACUUCACCAUUGCUGCAAUUGAAUGUGAACAGUGAAUAGUGAUCACAUUAAAUAUUUGACCAUUGUACAUUUUUUGGUUGUAAAAUUUGUCAGCAAAAUGAUAAUUGUUGUGAAUAAGAGGAUUCGAUAAAGUUUUCUUUUUUUUCGUUCAUCUCGUGUGUUUCGUUUGUAAAGUGAACGAAGGCAUUUGUUUUUGGAUAUUGUGCGUUCUUUUUCUAGUCGUCUUUUUGUUUUUGUGUGAUCUAAAAUUGAAAGAAGCGAAAGAGAAUGUCGCGUAUAAAAUCGCGUGCACAGCUUGAAAUUUGUGGUGAUUGUGGUGCAUCAGAUCCAUCAUGGGCAUCGAUAAAUCGUGGAAUUUUAUUGUGUGCUGAAUGUUGUUCGAUUCAUCGUAGUCUGGGCAGACAUAUAUCACAAGUGAAAUCGUUGCGACAAGGAAGCUGGUCACCGGCUGUACUCAAUUAUGUCAAUGCAAUCAAUGCUCAUGGUGCAAAUAGCGUGUGGGAACAUUGCUUAAUGGAUGCCGUUGCACCGAAAAAUCUUAAACGAAAACCAUCGCCAAAAGAUCCAUUGCAUCCGACAAAAGCCGAAUUUAUUCGUGCCAAACAUGUGAAUUUAUCGUUUAUAUUGAAACCAAAUCCACAGCAAGUUGACGGUGACGGCGGACCAGGCAAUUUGGAACAUGAACUAAGCAAACAAUUACAUGCCAGCGUACGAUCACCAAAUUUGGAAACAUCAUUACGGCUACUUGUACAAGGAGCCGAUCCAUGUUAUUUUCAUGAGGAAAAAGGUUCAACGGCAUUACACAUGGCGGCCAAAGCAGGCCAAGCGUCGCAGGUGGAGUUGUUAAUUGUGUACGGUGCUGAUUUGACAGCAAAAGAUUCAAAAGGGAAUACAGCACAUGAAAUUGCAAAACAAAAUAAACACACAGUCAUUGCUGAUCGGCUCAUUGAAGCCACAUACGAAGUAACAGAUCGUUUGACGCAUUUUUUGAUUGGUAAAAAACCCGAUCAUUCAACAUCAAAUCAUCUUCUGAUACCCGAUCAAGGUGGCACAGAAAUUAGUGAACAACUGAAAAUUGCACGCGGAAAACUACAACUCGUACCAAAUAAAAUGUUUGAAGAAUUGGUCAUGGAUCUAUACGAUGAAGUUGAUCGACGUGAAACCGAAGCCAUUUGGGCGACGAGUGCAUUAAAUCCGGAAAUUGGUGCGGUCCCAUUUUUGCCAACGAAUCCACAUUUGAGCGCAACACGAAAUCAAGGCCGUCAAAAAUUGGCACGUUUCAGUCCGAACGAGUUUAUGGGAUUAAUAACAGAUGUGCUCAUCGAUGCCAAGCGACGUCAAAAUAUGGCCGCAUUACGACCAUUAGAUGCUCCAAUGAUUGAUAUGUCAAGUAUAUCAAAUACCAAAAUACAACACCAUCAUUUAGAACGUCUAUCGAAUUUAUCGGAUGACGAACCAUUAUACGAUGCGGUCGCGUCCGAUGAUGACUAUGCUGCGCUUACGCCAUUGAAUCAAAGUGUUUCGCCAAUUGUCGGCCAACAACAGGUGGGCACCAAUCAAGAGCCGGGAAAACAGGAGGUUGAAACAUUACGACGAAAAUUACAAGAUUCAUUCUAUGAAAUUGACGAAUUGAAAAUGCUGGUGAAAAAGCUGCUAACCGAAAAUUGUCAAUUGAAAUCACGAAUCGACUCGUCUUCGAUAAGUGCAUUCGAUGUGCCAUUACGAAUUGAUGAUGUGCAUAUAAAUGGAAAUGGAAAGUCGGUUGAAUGUGUCGGUGCUGAUGAAACACCGAAUAAUGACUUACUUUCGGCUACAGGAUAUAAUAAACGACCAGUCAGUAUGUAUGAGACACGUGAAGGGCCAAAUGCAACAAAAUCACAACAAAAUCAUGAUAAUCGCACCGCAAACAGUAUGUAUCAAAUGAUCGAUGGUCAGCCACAGCCGCAAACAUCGGAUACAACUGUGCCCGCCAUGACCAAUGGGCAAAGUACAUUGCCGAACUCUGACGACGUAAAGUAUCGAACCGAAGUAGUCACGCGUCGCAUUCAAGAGCUUUGGUCAGUUAUGCAAGAAGUGACAGCGAAGGAUGUAUUUGUGCCUGGUUGUGCCGAACGAAUUCGAGUCGCUGUAUCUGAGCUAACGGCCAUUUUUCCAGGGACGAUCACCAAUGAAACAAUACAUAAUGCAAUACGACAGUUGAAUCAAAAUACAGCUCACUUACAAAAGGAUUGCAAUGGUCUGCAACAAUCAAUAACUCAUCAUGAUAGCGCAUCAAUUGAUUUGUACAUGCAAGAAGUACGAAAUGUUGCUUAUAAUCUGGCGAUGGCAACAAAAAUGCUUGUCACUCAAUUUCAAUGAUUCGAUUCAUAUUCAAUAUCGAUUGCUGUUGAUUUCAUAUGCCAUAAUGAAACAUUUUUUUGAUCUAAUCCAAAAUUGGCCAUUCGAAAUUUUCGAAAUUCGAAAAAAAUGCUAACGAAAAUCAAUGAGCUCUGUUUUUCACUCUUUCAGUCAUUUUUUGUAGGAUUUUACUUUUCCUCUCCCUUUUU